CCCACCCUCCCCUCCGUGAACAGCUGACGACAACAACAACAAUGGCCAGCUCCAAUGGAUACUACUCUAAAUUCUAUUCGACUUUCUCCCGUUUCCGGAAAAGGAGCGUAUGGAGUGACUCUGGUAGAGUGCUCUUGGGGAUAAACGUGAUUCAGCUGUUCGAAAACCCUGACGCCAUCGACCGAGACUUGAGGACAGUGAAGCAGGCGGACGAAAUCCAGAACACCGGCAAACACCGCCUGAAGCUCAUGUUCUCUUACGACGAGUACGGGAACCUGAGCCCUGAGCUCUCUAUGGUUGUGCAAGGUUGCAUGUUGGGAGUUUUCACAGGAUCAAUAAUUGGAGGUACUAUCCACUCAAAAGAAAGUUUUGUUACAUUUAUUGAAAGAAACCAAGGAACUGCAUUUAGAAGCAACUUUGAGGCACAAAAAGAAUUACAGAAUAAGGUAACUCUAGGAUUUGGUCGAGGAGCAUGGAUGUGGGGGUGGCGAAUAGGUCUGUUCACGGGAUCCUUCGUGUUUUUUACUUCGACCAUAUCUGUUUACAGAGGGAAGUCUUCAAUUCUGGAGUACUUUGCAGCCGGUGGCAUUACUGGGACUGCAUACAAGUUGAAACAGGGACCUCGAGCAAUGGUAGCUGGUGGAAUAAUUGGAGCAGCUCUUGGCUCUAUAGCAGGAUGUAUAAAUCUUUCACUGAUGUAUCUUACAGGCACAUCAAUGGAAAAAAUUAGGUACUGGCGGUAUGAAUGGAAGGAAAAGUAUCAAGCUGAGAAACUAGAAGAAUUACGUAAGGCAAGAGUUGCUGAACUUAAUUCACUCACCAAGGCUCAUGAAGAAAGAACUAAUACAGAAGAAAUGGCUAGUAACACGCAAGACUUAUUGAAAGGUAUUGAUGACAAAGAAGAAAUAAAUACCAAAUAAACUGUGAUAAAACAAUUGUAGAAUUCUGAAGAUAUUGGUUAAAGCUGUGUAAUGUAUUGAUUAAAGCUGUAUAAUUCAA